AUGAUGUUUUACUCAAAUUCACAAAUUUUUCUUGUCAAUGAUGGAUGGGAUAGAAAAACUCAGUUGGUCUCGCUUGCAAGCUUGCCGCUUGAUCCGUAUUACCGGACAAUUAAAGGUUUUCAGGAGAGGUUGAAGCAAUCUGUCGGAACAUGGCUAAAAAUAUCUCCGAGUUGCAGAAGGCAUAAGGAGGAGCAGAGGCUAAAGUUAAAGGUACCCUUUUCAGAAGAUGGUGAAUGCGUUGGAAUUGAAAACGACAUAACAGGAAUUCCUCAGAAAUCUACAUAUCCGGCUUCAGACAAGGAAAGUAGUGUAUAUUUGCAGCAUGAAAAUAAAUCAGAUCUGUCUGUCUCUGGUUCUGUCUUGGACAAUGAUGUUCCAAUUAAUUUGAUUACUCAUGUUUGUGAAUCUUUAUGCCCAUUACGAACCAGAUAUGGAGGGUGCAGAUGGCCAGAUGCUGAAUGUGCUAAAAAUUUGGAAAUGAGUUUGUUGAGUUGA